AACGCAAGCAGCCACGUUAGAACAUAUCAAGUUAAAACCGAGCAAUCAACUCACCGGUCCUUGUAGAGGCUGAAGACGUUAUCAGCGUGGAUCGGUGGGGGACUACGUUCAUCACCCACAUUCUGCUGUUCAUUGAGAGUGCUGCCGCGAAUCCUCCAAGUCCGGAGUUCAUGUCCAUGAUGUUACGGUAUCUUCCCGAAGAAAGCACUGGUAGCACCGUCUUCUUGUAGUACGAGGCUCUCUGUAACCAGAGUUGAGUAAGCUGUCUUCACUGGAUAGUGACUGGAGAUUCGUGAUGGUGUCGUGGUUAGCCGAGAGGGCCAACUUGGAAGAUCUUCGCUUUGGUCAGCUUCCGGGAGUUUCGAAAUGCAUGCCUCCAUAGGUUUGUGCCUGAAGUCACAAACAAGAACUCGGGACCAUUGGAGCAGUCGGUGUGAUCUUUCGGUUUCUGCCAGAUUGCAAGGUCUGCAAUUUUUUCCAGCACAAGCUCUUCGCCAUAUUCUCGAUCGCGGUCAUCUCCCCACUCAGGUCCUCUUUGGUCCUCUGUCAGCUUUUCCAGUGCAGCUUCCAGUUGACAGGAGGCCCGGACAGGAUCCAGUAGCCACCGGGACGAAGAACACGGUCAAUCUCGAUCAAGUAGAGGCCACCUGGAAUGGCAGUCCAAGGAAUGAGACAUCGAGAACAGUGAGCCAUGUCAAAUGCUCUCGCGGAAUAAGGCAGUCUCUGAGAAGGCAUGAUGCCGAUCAUCGCAGGAAUUCCUCGCUCCAACGCAAACUGAACUUGGCCUUCGUGAGUGUCCCUCGGAGCAAACGACAUUGUGAGUAUCCCUCUCGUGAGGAGAUAAGCUCCCCAGCUAGCAACCUGCAAAGUCAAAAGGCUGGCUCCAAGAAACGAUUUUACAGCACGCGACAAUGGAUGAAAGCGAUGAUCUGGGGUGGCAACCUACGAUCAGAUCAAGCAGCGACUAGCGACAGAGACAAUGCUGUGCGCCCAUUUAAAGCUGACGUUUGCUUUAUCUUACUAGGCACUUACAAAAUGGUACAUUAUUAUCAAUUUGUUUUUCUUUAGAAAACAAAUAUUAUUUCACCUGGUAUG